AUGUCCCUACCUACGUCAGGCUCAACAGGCGGCACCGGUGCCACUGGGGCCGCCGUGCCGCCGCAGACCAAGGACCAAUCCACCGUUUCUUCGAAAGAUCCUUGGGAGGAGGCUUUCGACACUCUAGACAUUGAAACACAGAGCCAGUUCAAGAAGGAUGACACAAAUCUCUUGGGCAUUCUACGCCAGAUCCAGACAAGUACCGAGGAGAAUAAAGCUCUUUGCCUUGAAAAGGGAUGGAAGGCGUAUCGCAAUAAGAAAGGUGAAGACGUCAAGCUACGGCAUGUCCUCGAGAAGAUCUCGGCCUGGGUGACAGAAAUCAUCAGCAUCGUCGAGGUACCGGUCUCAUUCGAUCCGAGCAGCCAUGCAGCAUUGCCUUGGGCGGUCAUCAAGUUCCUCGUCACGGUCGGCACCAACGAUGUCGCAGUAUUCAGCAAUAUGAGCGAAUCCAUUGAAUCGGUCUCUCGUCUGAUAGCGCGAUAUACAAUCUUCGAAAAGCUUUAUUUGCGUGAGGCGGACUGUGAAUCUGGCCCGCAGCUUCAUGAGGCUCUCCGGGAGCUCUACGCCGCAAUACUCCGAUAUCUUGCAAAUUCCAAACGAUACUUUAGCGGUAAUUCGAUCAGUGCGUCUUAUCAAGAUAUCAAAAUCAAUCCUCGGAUACUCACGAUUUUCUCUAGAAAGAUUCGGUCGAAGCCUUCUAAGUAUUUGGAAGUCCAGCGAAAGAUGGCCAAAGACUCGGUGGCGUCCUAUGAGACUCUCAGAGCUAUGCUGCACAAGCUUGAUCGGCCGAUUAUGCAGCUAGCUGACUCGCUGUCUGUUAUACAAGAUAGAUUCAAGAGUGAAGAGAGGAAAGAGGUGUUCUUAUGGAUGUCGGAAAUCGAGUAUAGAGAACACCAUCAGGACCUAUCCAAGGAUGUAUUGCCCAACUCUGGGCAAUGGUUGUUGAAAGGUCGCGAAUACAUCGAGUGGGGACAGUCGAGUGUGUCUUCCAUACUCUGGCUUCAUGGUAUACCUGGGUCAGGGAAAACAAAGCUCGUAUCGACCGUCAUCAACGACGUCUUCGAGGCCCACUCAAAUAUGAUUGCACCUCCGAUUGCCUUCUUUUACUGCGUCAGAAACGACGCUGAGCGGGAACGGGCAUUGCCAGUCGAGAUCCUGCGAGCCAUAUUAAGACAACUUUCCAGCACGCAGCCGGACCAGCCCAUCAAGGAGCCAGUUGCCACGGAGUAUGAAAGUCGCAAGAAGAAAGGCGAUGAAGAUUGUUCCAAAAUCCGCAAGUUGACGGUUGAGGAUUGCACCAGACUGAUUCUUGCACUUACGAACCACAGUCCGGCAACGAUCAUCAUCGACGCCCUCGACGAAUGCGACGAAUUCUUGCGUCACGAGCUCCUCGAAGCGCUGGACGAGAUUGUAAGCAAAUCUUCGCAAGUGGUCAAGGUAUUUGUCUCAAGCCGGGAUGAUGUCGAUAUUGAACUUCGUCUCCGGCAGUCGAAAAAUAUCUCCAUCAGUGCGGAUAAGAACGGCCAAGAUAUCGAACGGUUUAUCGAGUCGGAAAUUGACAAGUUGAUUGCCAGAAAGCUCUUGCUGGAUGGCAAGGUGUCCCCAAGGCUUAGAGGGAAGAUGACCAAAGUUUUGAACAAGGGUGCCCAAGGCAUGUUUCAGUGGGUUGCCCUAUCACUCGACGUGUUGCGGCGGAUCAAAUUCAAGCCGGAUUUUGAAAAGGCGUUGGGGCAAUUGCCCGAGUCUCUGUCCGCCCUUUACGACACAAUUCACGCGCGGAUUGAGAAGACCGAGACCAACGGCCGUAGAGUGGCAGUGGCGACCUUGAGCUGGCUUCUCUGUGCCCAGCGCUUACUCUCUACGAGGGAGCUCGUUGCAGCCGUCUCUCUCGAUGUUGAAGUAGACGACGAGACCCCGCCCGUGUCGUAUAACACCGAUCUUGAUCCAGACGACGAGUUGUCAGACGCCGAAUCGGAAGGGGAGCCCGGUUCAGUGUCCAUAACCGAUAUCAUUCGGUUGUGUCAUAACCUGGUGAUAGUUGAUUCGGAGCUAGACGUCUUCCGCUUCUCGCACCAGUCGGUGCGAGAGUAUCUCCAGUAUCGGAAUGAUUAUAUCGCUGCGGAAUUGCAUGCGCUGGCCGUUGAGAGGUGUCUCCACGUCUAUUUGGUGGGGGGAGUCAUGUCGAGGUCUCCCGCCAUCUCGACUGUAGUUUCUUGGGGAGAUCUCCUCAAAUCAUACGCACGCUUGUACUGGCCCGCACACUAUCAAGCUGCCGAAGAGAUCAUGUCGGCCAUGCUCAAGGAGAGGAUAUUGCCAUUCUUCGUGGAAGAGAAAAGGACAUCAUUAGCGUAUACAACCUGGGCAAGAGAGAUCAACUCCGAAUAUGCGGACAGAAGUGACAUUUUCCGCGCCUUGGAUUCGAAACGACGAGAUCGUCUGGGCCAUCGGAUAUGGUCUGCGGCGCUACGGCCACCAUCGCCUUUCCGUGCAGCUUGUGCUUUUGGCCUUUUUUCUUUGCUGGAAGAACUGGACAAAGUCUCGCAGGAUAGCUUGAAUCAGCUUGCGUUGAGCGGUGACAAGCUCCAUUUACUCCAUAUCGCAGCAAAAGAAGGCCACGGCCAAAUUGUGGAACGGCUCCUCGGGGAAGGUUUCGAUCCGGACACCAGGAAUGAGUACGAUGAAACGCCCUUGUUGUCAGCCGCGAAAGAAGGCAGAGAAGUAAUUACGAAGGUAUUGGUCAACAACGGCUCCAACUUGGAGGCAUCAGACGAAGUUGGAACACCGUUAAUAUGGGCAGUAGUACGUGGAGACGAGGCGGCUGUCAAGAUACUUCUCGAAAAAGGCGCCAACUUCGAGGCAUCAGGGGCAUUCGACAUGACACCGUUAAUGUCUGCAGCACAACAGGGAAACGAGGCGAUUGUCAAGAUGCUUCUCGAAAAAGGCGCCAAUCUGGAGGCAUUAGGGGCGAACGGCAGGACACCGUUAACGUAUGCAGCAGAACUGGGAAACGAUACGGCUGUCAGGAUGCGUCUCGUGAAUGGAGCAGAUUUGGAAUCGCCGGCCGAAGUACAAGGUUGGCCCGCACUGUUGUUGGUACCACACCCAGUAGAUGUAGGGUUGGAGUGGCGAGGGCAUAAGGAAGUGGUGAUGAUGCUUCUCAGAAAGGGUGUGAUCCGAGACUCUAAGAAUGAAGAUUACGACGACAUCCAGCUGUCGGUAGCGGCAAGGUUUGGGGACGAGGCUGCCGUCAGGGCCUUGGCUGACAAGGGCGCUGAUCUAGAGUUUGUGGACGACAUUCACGGCUUGGCGCCACUAUCUUGGGCGAUUCGAGGGGGCUUUGAGGCGAUCGUAGAGUUCUUGGUGGAGAAAGGUGUCGAUGUGGAGUCCAGAGACCACGGAGUAUACGGGGGGACACAGCUGAUAUGGGCAAUAAUGACGGGCAACACAGCGGCGGCGAAGUUGUUACUGGAGAAAGGCGCCGAUGUUGAGUCGAGGGAUUGGAGGUACGGCUGGAGCCCGCUAACAUGGGCGGUUGUCGACCGUCGGCGUUCGCUGGUAGAGCUGUUGCUGGAGAAAGGCGCCGACAUCGAGUCGAAAGAUCAAUUCAAAGGUCGCACACCGCUAUCGUGGGCAGCCGAGAGGGGUGAGGCAGCGACGAUGAAGCUUCUACUCGAGAAGGGCGCCGACACCGAGUCAACAGAUCAGGAAGACGGGUUGACACCGCUACUGUGGGCAGCGCGCGCUAGGCGUGAAGAGCUGUUCCGGCUCCUUCUUGACCAGGGUGCACGUCUCGAGGAAAGGAAAUACAAGGGUGGGAGAACGCUGCUGUGGCAGGCGGUGGAAAACGGGUGGGAAGACAUAGUUCAAAUCCUCCUCGAAAUGGGAUUCGACGCCGACUCCAAGUACAACUUCUGGGGCCUCUCGCUGCGCGAAUGGGCGGCAAAAUCCAGGCAACAGUUGACGGACAGCAUGUGGGCGCUGAUCAAUGCGGGCGUCGACGUCGAGACAGAGGACUCAGAGGAGAAGAGGAACGAAGAACCGUCCUUGAAGGCGCCAGAAAUGGGACAUGAGUGUUACGUUUCGCUCCACCCGGGGUAUAAAUUCUUGAACAAGUGGGAAGUAUAG